UAGUUGACACCGCAAAACUCGCGAUUAACCAGCGCCAGAAGCUGCCAAUCGAUAUUGCAUUCAAGUCGGGCAAGGAGUUUGGCAUGCCCCUCGUUGGGCACCCACAGGCCGCAUGGACGAACUUGGCAUAAUUUUGCUCACGCUUUUCAUGGUCCUUCUUGUCUGCGGGCCGCUGUACAGACCAGUCCGCAUCACGUAUCUGCGCAUUCAAGACCGUCGUAAAUACCAUCCUAGGACAUCCAAAUUCCAAGAUGCCCGACGAAAACUGAGCACGGUUUCCGAGUGUAAUAGCACUACCCUUGAGGGUUUGGAUCUUGAGUCGAAGCUCAAUCAGCAUGACUCGGACCCGGAAUGUCCCAUCUGCAUCGGUCCACUGUUCGUCUCAAACACUUGCAAUGCGGCCGGAGCAAUACCGACGCAAGCAAUCACCCUGAAUGCCCCCGAUUCCGGUGGGGAUACCCGUGUCCCAGAAGGAAGUAGGGGGGAACCAAGCCGGUAUACGAUCGGAGGGAUUGAGAGCCGUGAUGCGAAGGCCGUACUCCGAAGUGGGAGGAUGCCAUGGCCGUGGAAGAGAAGAUUGCCCGCGUCGGCAAGCGAACCGUCCGAAGAUGAUAUUUUGACGCUGAAAAACUGCCAACAUACUUUCCACGCCAAGUGUCUCUCGUCAUGGUUUCUGAUUGAGCGGUUUGACUGUCCCGUUUGCCGAAGUCAAUAUUGGCAGACGCGGGAGACCCGAGCGAGGGCGGCGACCGCACCGGCGCCGCCGGUGCCGGAGAGCGAGUCAGGUAUCACACCACCAGUCCCGGCUCGGCUGGCGGCCGGCCGGAUGGCAGUGCGUGUGAUGUGAUGCCAAUGCGUGUUAGCUUGGAAUAUGGUUCGCCACCUCUCUUCUCGUGCUUUUCGAGAUACCCGCGCGCGAUGGAGCAGGUGUCGAUU